AUGCUGCUUGUCAGAAUUGUCUUGUUUAGUUGGAAAGAAUUCUGUCCCUUCCAAUCAAGAAGAGAGAGUGGGAAAGAAGAAAAUGAGGGUCCUCGGACAGUGGUGGGCGUUGCUACGUUUGAUUCAAAUAUCCAUUUUUACAAUCUAAAACGUGCAUUGCAGCAGGUUAGUAGAUGGAUGCUGGGGGCCACUCCGCUAAUGGAACUUAUGAUUGCCGCUGGAAAGGCUGUUCCUAGAUUGCAGCUAGAACAUGGUCUGGCUGUUGAUAGAGUUUAUACAGGGUCAUUUAUGACGUCUCUUGACAUGGCUGGGUUUUCCAUCACUGUGAUGAAUGCAGACGAAGCUAUUUUGGACCGCUUGGAUGCUCCAACUAAGGCUCCAAAUUGGCCUGUUGGUGCUGAUGGGUACCGUCCACCUGCUCAGAUUCCUGUUCCGGUUCCACCGUCUCAUACAAACAAGAAUGAAGAGACAUCAAAUCGGCCCAAACAGCUUAGUCCUCUGGGCCAUAUUCUUGAGGCUGCUAUUGAAGCAGCUGCAACUGCAGUUGUCAAUCUCAGGGACAGUUUAAAUGAAUGGGACAGCAAAGUUGGUGAUGGUGAUUGUGGAUCAACAAUGUUCAGAGGUGCGUCCGCUAUUCUUGAAGACAUAAAAAGUUAUCCACUGAAUGAUCCAGCAGAAACCGUAAAUGAAAUUGGAUCUUCUAUUAGGAGAGUCAUGGGAGGAACAAGUGGAAUCAUAUAUGAUAUAUUUUGUAAGGCAGCAUAUGCACAGUUGAAAGCUGAUAGCCAUUCAGUUAUUACGCCCCUACACUGGGCUGGUGCAUUUGAAGCCGCAAUAGCUGCAGUCAGCAAAUAUGGUGGAGCCACUGCAGGUUAUCGUACAUUAUUGGAUGCUCUUAUUCCAGCAUUGUCAGUUCUCAAAGAGAAAUUGACUGCCGGAGAUGAUCCUGUUGAAGCAUUUGUUCUUUCUGCUGAAGCAGCAGUUGCUGGUGCUGAAUCAACUAAACACAUGCUCGCACAGGCUGGCCGUUCUUCAUAUGUCUCGACUGAUAUUCUUGCUUCAGUUCCAGACCCGGGGGCCAUGGCUGCAUCCUCAUGGUACAAAGCAGCGGCCUCAGCCGUAAAGGAUAAAUACCGAGCUUCAUGA